GGGCCGAGGAGGCGGGAGAGUGAGGGAAAGGCUGGAAGACGAGGUGAGGAAACAGACGGACGUUAGGUGGCCUACCGAAGAUUACAUAACUAAGAUUGGAGGGAAAGGACUGCUUCUUAACCUAUUUUCUCAUCCCACCACUUUAUUUAAAGCUGAUUGAGGAAAUUAAUAUAAAAAAGCCUGCAGGAUGCGUCCUCAGUGAGAAGGCCGCUGCGCAAUGGCAGUUUUUGACACUCCUGAGGAGGCCUUUGGUGUUUUACGUCCGGUCUGUGUUCAGCUCACAAAGACACAGACGGUGGAGAACGUGGAGCGUCUGCAGGCACAGUUGCGAGCCGUGAGUGACUCUGCCCUUCAGGAGCUCCAGCAGUAUGUCCUCUUCCCUUUGCGAUUCACCCUGAAGACCCCGGCUCCCAAAAGAGAGCGCUUGGUCCAGAGCGUGGUGGAGUGCCUCACGUUUGUCCUCUCUUCAACAUGUGUGAAGGAACAAGAACUUCUCCGGGAGCUCUUUUCGGAACUCUCUGCUUGUCUGUAUUCGCCCGGCUCCCAAAAACCCGCAGCUGUGUCCGAGGAGUUGAAAUUGGCGGUGAUCCGGGGCCUCAGCACAUUAAUGCACUCGGCUUAUGGGGACAUCAUUCCGGCUUUUUACGAGCCCUCCAUUCUGCCUCGUUUAGGAUUUGCCGUAUCUUUACUGUUGGACCUAGCAGAACGGGAGAAAUCAAAGCAGAUUAAAAUUGCUGCCUUAAAAUGUUUGCAGGUUUUACUCUUUCAGUGCGAUUGUCAAGACCAUCCGAGGUCCUUGGAUGAGCUGGAGCAAAAGCAGCUGGGGGACUUGUUUGCCUGUUUUUUACCUGGCAUCUCAAUGGCACUGACCAGGGUCAUCACAGGAGACUUCAAACAGGGGCACGGCAUUGUCGCGUCUUCUCUAAAGCUCUUUUACGAGACAGUGAGUUUCAUUAUGGCUGACGAACAGCUCGAAAGAAUCCCACAGGUUCAACCGAAGCCUGCAGUGGAGCACAGAGUAGCAGAGCUGGUGGUUCACAGGGAAGCCAAGUGGGUAAAAAAUACCAGCGACAAAUUGACUCUCCUUAUUAAAAAGAUAAUCGAGUGUGUUUCAGUUCACCCACACUGGAAGGUGAGGCUGGCACUGAUAGAACUCGUCGAAGCCCUUCUUCUGAAGUGCAGCCAAUCACUGGUCGGAUCGGCUGGACCCCUUCUGAAGGCUUUGGUGGGUCUAGUGAAUGACGAGAGUGCUGAAGUCCAAGCCCAGUGCAAUAGAGUGCUGAGACAUUUUGCGGACCAGAAAGUAGUGGUAGGCAACAGAGACUUCGCCGACAUCCUGUCAGAGAACCUGCACUCCCUUGCCACAUCUCUUCCCCGCCUAAUGAACUCCCAGGACGAUCAGGGCAAAUUCUCGACGCUCUCCGUGUUACUCGGUUAUCUGAAACUCUUGGGCCCCAAAGUGAACUUCGUCCUCAACUCCGCGGCCCAUCUUCAGCGCCUUUCCAAAGCGCUUGUCCAGGUUCUAGAAUUAGACGUGACUGACAUCAAAAUCGUUGAAGCGCGGCGCUGGAAUUCCGAUCAGCUGAGUGCUUCUCCGGAGACCGCGGCUGCACAGCCGUGGAGUCAGAUGCAGAAGAGGUACUUCCGCUUCUUCACCGACGAGAGGCUCUUCCUGCUCUUGCAGCAGGUGUGUCGGCUCCUCGGCUUUUACGGGGACCUCUAUUUGCUCGUAGAUCACUUUAUGGAGCUGUACCACGAAUCUGUGGUUUACCGGAAGCAAGCUGCCAUGAUCCUGAAUGAACUGGUUGCGGGGGCUGCUGGGCUGGAGGUGGAGAAUCUUCAUGAAAAACAUAUUAAAACAAGCCCAGACGAACUGAGAGAGAUCGUGACAUCUAUACUUGAAGAAUACACAAGCCAAGAAAACUGGUAUUUGAUCACUUGUAUCGAAUCUGAAGAAGCGGGAGAGGAGCUAACAGUGAAGCAGUCAGGCCUCCGGGCCAUCACAUCUGGUGCACACACCUGCCAAGUUCCAUCUUUUCCAGCCUUCUCAAAGCCAAAUGCCACUAUUUGCUCCAUGAACGGCAACAUCUGGCAAAUAUGCAUCCAGUUGGAAGGGAUUGGGCGCUUUGCGUGUGCCCUAGGAAAAGACUUUCGUUUGCUCUUGAUGUCAGCCCUCUAUCCAGUGCUGGAGAAGGCUGGAGACCAAACCCUGCUCAUUAGUCAGGCAGCUACCAGUGCCAUGAUGGACAUUUGCCGUGCUUGUGGCUACGACUCUCUGCGGCACCUGAUCAAUCAAAAUUCGGACUAUUUGGUGAAUGGAAUCUCUUUAAAUCUGCGUCAUCUGUCUCUGCACCCCCAUACCCCAAAGGUCUUGGAAGUCAUGCUGUGGAACUCAGAUGCUAGCCUGCUCCCUUUGGUGGCAGAUGUGGUUCAGGAUGUCUUGGCCACUUUGGACCAGUUUUAUGAUAAGAGAGCUACUUCCUUUGUCAGCGUCCUGCAUGCCCUGCUGGCAGCAUUAGCCCAGUGGUUCCCAGACACAGGUGAUCUUGGGCAACUCCAAGAGCAAAGUGCAGGGGAGGAGGGAAGUCAUUUGAGCCAGAGACCAGCAACUCCUGAGAAAGGACUCGAGAAUACCACCACAGCAGAAGACAUUGAACAAUUUUUGCUGAGCUACCUCAGAGAAAAGGAUGUGGCGGAUGGAAAUGUCUCAGAUUUUGAUAAUGAAGAAGAGGAGCAGUCAGACCCUCCCAAAGGGGACGAGCGUGACACCGGUCCUGAUGUAGAGCCACCAUUGCCAGUGCAGGUCCAAAUAGCCGCAGAUGUGAUGGAACGCUGCAUCCAUUUGUUGUCAGAUAAACAUCUGAAAAUCCGAUUGAAGGUCUUGGAUGUGCUGGAUUUGUGUGUAGUUGUUCUGCAAUCCCACAAGAACCAGCUCCUUCCCUUGGCUCACCGGGCCUGGCCCCCGCUCGUGCACCGACUCACAAAUGACGACCCCCUGGCAGUGCUCAGAGCCUUCAAGGUCUUGCAGACCCUGGGAGGCAAGUGUGGCGACUUCCUACGGAGCCGUUUCUGCAAAGAUGUCCUGCCGAAGCUGGCCGGCUCCUUAGUCACCCAGGCUCCUGUCAGUGCUCGGGCUGGGCCAGUUUAUUCCCACACACUGGCCUUCAAGCUGCAGCUGGCCGUGCUGCAGGGCCUGGGCCCCCUCUGCGAGAGACUGGACCUAGGUGAGGGUGACCUGAAUAGAGUGGCUGAUGCCUGCUUGAUUUACCUCAGCGCCAAACAGCCCGUGAAAUUACAAGAGGCUGCCAGGAGGUACAACCCAAGAAUGUAAUGAAUUCAUCCUGAAGCUUCUGUGUGCCUAUUACAACCAAGAGUCACAACGAUCUGACUUUCACAUUCUCUGCCCCAUUCUACUUUUUCUGCAUCCACCCCAUACCUAUCCUUCAAGUUGAGAACCAUCAAACAGGCUAAUAUUCGCAAUUCAUUAUCUUUUCAUUUCUAAUUUUCUUUUGUGCCGCUAAAAGCAAUUAAACCUGGAAUUGGACCUUGCUGAAUUUUGAGUUGGUAUUCAAGGUGCCUCUGGAGGAGGAAAAUGCAGCCAGACCACUUGACUGCAGCGCCUUUGUUUGCUCUACCGCAUUCCAUUCGGGGUUGAGUCAGAUGACCUCCCUCUUGCCAGGCUGGGAGGGGAGGAAGUGCAAGGUUGAUUGGUUCACAAACACAUCAUCUGCAAACUUAUUUUGAAGUCAAGGGAAAAAAACCAGUGUUGUCCUUGAUCAGGAGCUGAUUUGGCAUCUUGAUUCAGAAACUAAUAAGCUCUCUAAAUGGGAAAAGAAGCCUGAGACAAUGGGAAACCUGGUCUCUUUGUGAGCCUCCUUACUGCAGGAAGAGAGGCGGGUGGCCGGGUACUGAGACACUCAUGCCUGCAGGGACUGGUGAAUCAGGUCCCCUAGCUCAGCAAGUGGCCCCAUCUUCCAUUCAGUUGUCUGUCCUUCAUUUUUCUCUUCCCUCACACCCUACAUCCGUUCCAGAAGGGAAGCCUGUCCACCUACCUUGCAGAAUUUCUCUUCAGACUGUCUACGUCUCUUCACCUCCAAGCCACCAGGCUAGGCCACCCUCACCUCUUACCUGAACAAUUGCAGAAGCCUCCUCGCCGCCCCCCCCCCCACCCUGUGCCCACUCCUGCCCCUCUGUAUUCCCCACACAGCAAGCACUGACACCCGCCGCCCACUCAUGGGAGAAGGGAAGGCUGUUGUGUUUGUUGCCAGGGCCCAAGGGGGAACCCUAUAGCCAGAGGGUAACAGGAACGCAGUAAAAACCGGAGCUGUCCACAGAUGCCCCAAUGCCCCGGCUUCCUUGGAGCUGGUGAGUUUCCGACGCAGGGUGGAUGACCAGCUUCAUUUGGAAGUGGCCCCUCUGUCUGACACGGCUGGUGAGGAAACAAGUGAGGGCCGGUGGCUGCUCUGAAAGGAGGUAGGUGAGCAGCUGUGUUAGGGGGGAUAAGAAUUUUCCUUCUGCUGUACCCUUCUAGGUUCUUUGGCUGGUCUAAUAAUUGAUACAGGACAGAUUAGUGGGAGAUAAACACUUUUUUUUUUUUAAAUUUCAUAUAUAAGGGAGCCUUAUAAAAAUAUGAGACCCAGGGUCACAUGGGGCAGUUGAAGCUUCCUUGUCAUCCUGAGGAAUGGUCUAGGGGCCAGGGCUUCACAAGGGGAGGGAGUAGGGUGAUCCACAGGACCUAAGAUCAGGUGUUUGGUAAUUAGAUGUUUGCCCUGCCAUACACCUAGGUUAUUCUUAUGAAAAGUUAUCUCUGGUAAUAGGUCUUUUUCUGGGUCAGGCUCCCUAUUCAAAUUUUUUUAGGUGGUUAAUGGAGAAGUAAAAGUUUUUCUUGAAUCUGCUGGGUCUUGAGUCCCUUCAAUCUCAAGUCAGUUCACACACCAAAGUGGCACAUUUUGGGGCAUCCUUCUCUGUUCCCCUUCACAUGUCUGUGAGUCCAUCGGGUCGGGGCUGGGGCCUCUGAGGGGCGGCCUCCCUAGCAUUGGCAUGGAGACAAACUCAGCAGUUCCAUGAAAGUUCCUCUUUGUGUGCAUUACGGUUGGCUUUUUCCUCCCUCCUGUUUGCUUUUCCUGGCUCCAAAG